GAAAAAGUAGGUUGACCAUAAAUAAGAAAGGAAGAUGAAGAAGAUCUUUCUCCAACUCUAAAAAUGGCAAACUCAGUUCUUCAGUCUCCAAGAAACCCACAUUUCUUCCAGCCUCUUCUUCCAGGCUUCCACAACUACCUCAACAUUCCGUUGAAGUUCUUCUCGAAACACAUACAAGGAAGAAACGAGAGAAAUACGGCUGAGGUAAGAUCUGAUGCGUGUAAGAAUACUUGGAAAGUCAAGAUGGAAGGUCGGAGACUCACUGACGGCUGGAAAGAGUUCACCAUCGCACAUGAUCUUCGAAUCGGAGAUAUUGUCAUUUUCAGACAUGAAGGAGAUUUGGUGUUCCACGUCACUUGUUUUGGACCCAGUUGCACUGAGAUUCAAUAUGAUGUACAGCCACAGGACAACAUAGGAAACUUGUCGGAGAAACAGAAUCUGAAAACAGAACGAGAGUCUUUUUCAUCAGACCAGUCUUGUUUCGUUGCACGUGUAACAUGUUCGAAUCUACGAGAGGAUACAAUGUUUCUUCCACGGAAGUUUGUUAGGCCCGACGGUCUGAAGAAAAGUAGUAACAAGAUUAGUCUAAUAAAUGAAGGAGCAAGGACAUGGACGCUUAUCCUGAAGUUUAGGGAAUCAAGUAGAACGUUUUACAUGAGGUCUGGCUGGAGAAGUUUCGCGGCGAGAAUGGGCUCAAACCAGGAGACUCCGUCACGUUUAAACUAGAGGGUAAUAGCACGGGAAGGCCUCGUCUCAGUUUCUCCUCUUCAGAAUCAAAGUGUGCUUCCAAAAAACAUAACAAUAAAUGGAAGAGAGUUGAAACUGGUGAGAGUACCAAAGAGUGUCACCAUCAUCA